ACGCCCAAACCAAGGUAGUUAACGGCCCAUCACUUUGUCCCCCUCCAUUGUCUUCUGGUCCCUUUUCCUAUCUUUCACCAAAACACCACUACCAGAUUUUCAUUGUUUGGUUGUGACUUGUUCUAUCCCACGUAGUCAUUGUCUCUAGGUAGAAGCCCCGUAUCAUGUUCGGAUGGUGUAGUUCAUUGGGCUUCCCCUCAGUGAGUUCGGAGCCUGACAGGGAACGACGAGCUCCAUCUAGCCCAACACCUUUAGACUUCCCGGCCUAUAAGCUUCCCGAUUCCACGAAUAAUGAGCCAGAGGCCUCUUUACAACAGGUGCAUGAAAUUCUAGCAUCCAUCAGAAAGCCACAAGAUAUAACGCCUGAGAAGUUCAAAACCCUCAAUCUGAAGGUGGAAACAGAUCUUCCGGCCUCAAGUAUUGUCUAUAAGGAUGGUCUGAAUUUCUUCCCUCCUGUGCCCUGGAAGGACACUUCACCGAAUCCAUCCCCAUUGACUGAAGAUGGUUGCCCGAUCUUGAUGGAAAAUGGGAAUCCCUACCCGGCGAAGGAAAGAUUUGAAGUUUUAAAGGACGAGCUACUUUUGGAAAACGAUGAUGCGUUUCGAGAGGUAGCAAGGCUAGGCCCUCGUGAGGGGCGUCAAAGGGUCCGGGUGACCCAGACACGGAAAUUCUGGACGGGGCUAGAACGAAUGGCUCAAUACUGGGACACAAGCCUGGAUAACUAUUUUGAACGCCCUGCAACCCCUAAUGACGCGACUGAUGGAGAGACUGAAGAUAUAAUGCAGACUGAAGCUGAAGCGCCGUCGUCUGCGGCCCAGCAAAACUCAGAUACACCGAUGGACAUUGAGAACCCACCAAAACCUACGGCCUCCGGAGAUAAAUCUACCGACCAGGAAGAUGGAAAGCAUGAACCCGUGAAGAUGUACACAGGACGUCGCAUUGGUGCAGGUCAUGAAAUGCCAGAGGAUAUCCGCGACGAAACGAUUAGGGCAUUUACCGAAAUGGCGGCAUGGCCCUUUGGGUGUCAAGUUGCCCUUCCCGUGCUCCCCCCGAGAUUGUCCCUCCGAACAUUGCUCUUCCCUGUCCGCCAGACCUUCGCGGCUGCUCGAUCACCUAAAGACCGUCAGUUAGCACGAAGUGGUGUCAUGGAGGGGCCCGUCUUUUCCGCCCAGUGCCGACCUGAAACAUGCUUCCGAGCGCCUGAUGAUGUCCCUGGUACUGGAUUUGGUGAGGUGUGCGAUUUGUUUCGUGAGGUCGGUGCCAUGCUUCUAGUUGCCCAGGAACGAGCACGGCAAGGAAUGACAGAAACAAGACCCGGCGAAGGGAAAUGGUGGACAACAAGGCCUCGAUGGGGUGGUGCGCCCAAUGAUGCAGUGGGGGAUAGCGGCAACUUUACCGAUGGCGACGAGAAGCCAGUACCGGACAAUGGGAGCUCUCGCAAACGCUCCAAAUAUGAGCAUCCAUUUUUAGCAUCCCGUCGACCUGGGUCUUCGCGGAAGCUGAGUAACAGCGAAAAAUGGAAGCUUGUCCAGCCAGGCCCCGGUCUUUGGGACAAACGGAUGAGAUAUAUCCAGAUUGGAAAGGACCCAGAGAGCCUAUUUGACGAUAUCUAUAUGCUCUCCUCCAUCAACCAUCAUCUGGCUAUCCUACAUUUGCGAGUCCACCGUCGAUACCUCGACAUCGUGACAUUGGGAGACAGCGAGUUUCCCCCCAAUUCCGACUCUACUGGACAACCAUGGCAUGUGCUGCACCUGCGGCGAACAAAAUGGUAUGAUUUGUUCGAUGCAGAGGAGCGACUUGAGGUGUUCAAAGGGAUAUGGACUAUAUUCCAUCACCUCCUGCGGCGCACCUGAGAUACGGUGGCUCUAGCUUUGGUCAUUAUUGAUCCAGCAUCCUCAACCCUAUAGAGUCGAUAUAUGUAUCUAAAUCAUACAUAUACACAAAGGAUAUCGCUGCUCUCUAUGGUCAGAUGCAUUGGCUUUACAUGAGCUUUCCAGCUACAUUUUUGAUACUUUGUGUGUAUACGUUUAGAGCGAAUCGUCUCUCCUUCUAUUUGGUUACUACGGCGCUACCUUUAUUAUUGGUGCUAUUCAAUGCAUGGGUGCAUAGCAAAAAGAGAAUACCUCGGGGGUAUCGUGUGCAUAUUGUUUGCAAAGGAUAAACAAGUACCUACAUCAGCUAUACUGAGUAGAGCAUACUAGAGGGCAGUGCCCAUCCUCUUUUCAAAUAGACAUCUCUACCCAUAAGAUAGGUCAAAGGCUAUGGUAUAUUGUAU